GCGGGGAUGACCGAACAGUACCGAACGGCCUGAUUUGCCCGUCGUCCGUUCGCUCGUCUGCCGGACCGAUCACCCAAGAAUCCGAGUAAAGAUCCGCGGCUUGUUGGAGCUCCAUAGCUGAAAAAAAAGAACAACUUAAAGAUACCUUGAUGGUGAACCUCGACUGAAGUGUAAUAUCAUUCCCAGUGGAACACGAAGUUCAUCAAUUCAAGCUUCUCACACGAUCGUUCUUAUCGUCGGUGUGACAUAAUCUGAUCUGAAGAUAAUUUCAAAACCAUCGCAGAGAUACAUAGAUAGAUAGAUAGAUAGUAGAUAGAAUCUCAGGAAGAGCUAAUUGAUUCCGGACCAUCAACGCAGGCUCAGUUCGAUUUCUUCAUCAAGUUAAUCACAUUUGACCGGCUUCCAAGAAGAAAAUGGCCGCCAAAGCAAAGGCUGCUGCUGCCAAGAGAGCUGCUGCAGCAAAGAAACCACCAGCCGCUGCGAAUACCAAGACAAUCCCACUCGUCCAACAUGACCCCACUCGUCCGCCACCAUUGAACCUCAAGGACCAAGCCGUCUUCAAACAGAUCCUCCAUCUUUAUGAGCUCAAGCAAUAUUCGGCAGCACUCCAGCAUUGCGAUACCCUACUGGAGAAAUACCCCGGUCAUGGAGAGACGACAGCCAUGGCUGGGCUCUUAAACCACUCGAUGAACAACAAAGCACAAGGAUAUAGUCUUGUUAAAGCAGGGAUGAAGGCCGACUUGAAGUCGCACAUAGUAUGGCAUGUCUAUGGAAUCAUCACCCGGGCCGAUCGAAAUUAUUCUGAGGCGGUCAAGAGUUACUCUCAAGCUCUGCGACUCGAUCCCGAGAACCAUAACAUCCUCAGAGAUCUAGCCGUACUCCAAAUUCAAGUCCGACAAUACUCUGCUUACGUCGAAUCUCGCUGGAAGCUCCUCAGGUCAAACCGACGCUCCAGAACGGCUUGGCUCUCCUUGGCAAUGGCCUAUAAACUCAACCAUCAAACCGAGGCUGCCCUGGAAGUAUUGGAUGCGAUGGAAAAGUGUGAGGUGAUCCAUGAGCCUGAGCAAACCUUCGAACGAUCGGAAACGAUCUUAUUCAAAGCUUCACUUCUCCCCCCAUCGGAUGCACUGGAUUACUUGGAGAAGUCCUCAAACUUGAUCCUCGAUCGCCCUCGGUACAUGUUAACUCGGGCCCAGAAUCUCGGCGAGCUUGGUCGGCAAGAGGCUGCUGAAUGGGCUUGGUUUGAUUUACUGGAUACCAAUAGCGAAAAUCGGAUGUAUCUAGAAGGCUACCUCUCAACCCGCUCGAAAGUCGCGAAUGAAGAUCCGGUGAUAGCCCUCAAACGUUUGGCCGAACGCUAUCCGACCUCACAAUUGAUUAAACGUAUGAUCCUUGACCAUGCGACUGGCACUCAAUUCGAUCAAGAGCUCGAAUCGUAUCUCUGUGUCAGACUUACUAAGGGGAUCCCAUCACUCUUCAACGACUUGAAACCACUCCUAGCGGACUCUGCGAAAUUGAAGUCAAUCAAAACUGUCUCUGAGAAAUUACAUUCACAAGUGUCUCAACAUGGAUAUUUUGAAUCAACCAAAGAUGUCGAGGCCCAACAACCUUCAUCGACUCUUGUUUGGAUCUUGCACUUUCUUUCUCAACUUUAUGGAUCGUCUCACUUGAAUAUGACCAAGGAGGCGAUCGAUGCAGCUCAUCAAGCGAUCGAACACACCCCAUCCCUUCCAGACCUUUACAUCUCACUUGCACAUGCCUACAAGCGAGCCGGCUCAUUCGAAAAGGCGGCUGAUGCUCUACGUAGUGCUCGUGGGCUCGAUGGACAAGACCGAUUCUUGAAUUCGAAGUGUGCUAAAUAUGUUCUCCAAUCGAUCGGCGUACCCGACCAACCUAUUGAAGUGCGGAUUCGGCUAUUGGAAGAAAGUCGGCAACUGAUCGGGAUGUUUACUCGGAAAGAUGCACCUGACCCAGUCAGUGAUCUGGUCGAUAUGCAGGCAGCGUGGUAUGUUAUGGCCGAAGCGGAGGUCGCAUUGCGAGCGUCUGACUGGGGAAUGGGCUUGAAAAGACUUCAUCAAGUUUAUGAGAUAUUCCGGCAGUGGGAAGAAGACCAAUAUGACUUUCACACAUAUUGUAUUCGGAAAAAUACAUUCCAAACUUACCAAGACCUGUUGAAAUUUGAAGAUAGACUAUAUGCCGAUCCACUCUACUACAAAGCGGUCUCCAAGGCGGUUGGGAUCUAUCUGAAACUUCACGAUCGGAUCGCCAUGGCUAGCAAAUCUCAACAAGCUCCCCUGAUCACCGAAUACAACGUUUUGGUAACUCAGACUCACUCAGAAGUUAAUCCGGACUCUCUUCCUAACGAAAACGGUGGCCCCAAGCCUGAGGACGACUCCACCAAAAGUAAAAAGGCUCUGAAAAAGGCAAAGAUGGCCGAGAUCAAAGCCAAAGCCCAGGCCGCCCUUGAAGCCAAGAAAGCCUCGUCAAAGAAUAAAAAUGGCGACCAAGCUAGCACGGCUACGCCAGACGUAAUCCCACCCAUUCCAGAUGACGACCCAACCGGAGAAAAAUUGUUGAAGACCGAGAAUCCGUUAGAGAUGGCUAAUGAAUUGCUCAGGCCGAUCGAGGACGAUCUUGCAGGGUUAACAGUCGAUUCGUCAGUCGAUCUGUCAAAGCGGCUGAUAUGCCAAGGUGUUUCUCUGUGCAGGUUUGAAAUUGAACUUAGGAGAGACAAACCGCUCUUGGCACUUCGAGCACUACUUAAAGCUCAUGAUCUCUCUCCAGAUCAAAGUUCAAUCGAUCCCUCCGUGUUUGUAGCCCUUUCGAAAUUAAAAGUCAAAUACUUAUCCUCCGCCCCGCUCAACGGUUCCACUCCCGACACCGAUUCAACGACGACAACAAACGUCCUUCAAAAGGCUUUGGAAAAGAUAGAGCAAUUAGAAUUGUCUGAAGGUUAUCGAGGUAGAUUGGCACGUGCCGAGUCCUUCAUCGUCCAACGUACCCAUAAACCUUCUACGUCAAGUACGACAAACGAAGAUACAGAGCUUUUCUCAAACAAACAAAUCGAAGAUGAAAUAUUCUCACUCUUCAGUUCAUCAAAUGAAGACAUUUUAAAUCAAUGGAAAAUUGGUCUCCAAGGCUUACAAUUACUUGAAAGUUUCUCAAGCUCAAGGACAGAAGAAUUCAAGUCGAAGGCGCAGGACCUCUGGAAAUUUGUUGACUAUUUCCGACCGCCUCCAAUCGGAGGAAACAAACAGCAAGAUCAACUCGACUCGGUUCCUGCUAACAAUCACUUCACUCACCAUCCUCGUCAUUCCAACUCCAUCGCCACUGACACUCCUAUUCCUGAUGGUCCCGCAACACCGCAAGAUCAUCCGGAUGGAUCGAAAACUGAGGGGCUUGUAGAAGUUCGAGAUUUCUGAAUCUUUCUUUUACCUCCUAAGCUUUAGAGAACUUGAAAAUCAGAUCACUAAAACAAACAAAGAAGAAAAAAAAUCAUUUGUUUCUUCUUUUUU